AUGGCCGUGCCUCCCAAAUUCGCGGGUCAGAAGCUGCUUUUCGCUGUUCCCAGCUCACCAGCAGCUGGCGUACCCCCAGCGGUGCACACUCUAGAGCUGUAUCUCGACUUCGUGUGCCCCUUCUCGGCGAAGCUGUUCAAGACCUUCUACCACUCCGUCAUCCCGCUCAUCAAGGCGAACCCCAAGUGGGCCGGCAACUUGCAGAUCCUAUUCCGCCAGCAGAUCCAGCCGUGGCAUCCGGCGUCGACCCUCGUACACGAGGCCGCCCUCGCCGUCCUGCGCCUCGCGCCCGCCCGGUACUGGGCCUUUAGCGACGCCCUGUUCCAGGCCCAGCUCGAUUACUUUGAUGAGUUCCUCGUUGACGAGUCCCGCAACCAGACCUACCGCCGCCUCGCCAAGCUCGCCGCGUCCGUCACCGGCGUCGACGAGGACCAGAUCUACGGCCUUCUCGAGAUCCCGCCCAAGGUGCGCGAGGGCAGCCAUGCCAACGGCGGCAACAAGGUCACCGACGACCUCAAGGUCCAGAUCAAGACGGCCCGCCUCGUCGGCGUGCACGUCAGUCCGACCGUCAUCUUCGACGGCGUCGUCGCCAACGACAUCAGCUCCUCUUGGACGACGGACCAGUGGAGCGAGUUCCUGACGAAGAACGUCGUGUAG